UGGUGGGGACUAUACACGGAGGAGGAAGGAGUGAUCACUAAAGCAACUGAGGGGGUGAAGUUAGAUAGAUGGAACACGCAUGGAUAGCGGGUUCUGGAAUGUGAAGUGUCCCGUCAAGAGGUCCGAGUCCGGGGCUAAAUCCGCUUCAGGGAUGUAGUCGAAGCGGUUUCGGAGCUCAUCCCACCCGAGCUCGGCAUCAUGAAGAAACACUCGGCCAGGGUCGCCCCGCUGUCCGCCUGCAACAGUCCGGUGCUCACCCUCACCAAAGUGGAAGGGGAAGAGCGGCCAAGGGAGCAUGUGGCGCACAGCGGCCCAGACGUGCAGUCGUCGGCGGGCGCGGCGGGUCCGGAAUCGAGCUCCAGCAGGCGGAAGCUGCACUGCUGCAUCCGGAUCACGGCGGUGCAGGUGCGGAAAGCCUUGUGGGGAGUCGCCAUGGUGAUGUGCGUCUGCUCCUCGUGGGCAGGUUCUACCCAGCUGGCCAAGCUGACCUUCAAGCACUUUGAUGCCCCCUUCACCCUCACUUGGUUUGCCACCACCUGGAACUGCCUCUUCUUCCCGCUCUACUACGUCGGGCACCUGUGCAAGAGUCCGGAAAGGCAAACGGCCAGACAGAGAUUAAGGGAGUGUUGUCGCUUUUUCGGGGACGACGGGCUGACCCCCAAGGUGUUCUUCACCAAGGUGGCCCCUUUCGGCCUGUUGUGGAUCCUCACCAACUACUUGUACCUGCAGGCCCUCAGGAAGAUCAACACAACAGACGUGUCAGCGCUCUUUUGUUGCAACAAGGCCUUUGUCUUCCUGCUCUCAUGGAUUGUGCUAAGAGACCGCUUCAUGGGCGUCAGGAUAGUGGCGGCCAUAUUGGCCAUUGCAGGCAUCGUCAUGAUGACCUACGCUGAUGGUUUCCACAGUCACUCGGUGAUUGGCAUCACUCUGGUUGUUACUUCAGCAUCCAUGUCUGCACUAUACAAGGUUCUCUUCAAGAUGGUCCUCGGCAGUGCCAAAUUCGGGGAGGCUGCACUUUUUCUGACUAUUGUGGGAGGUGCCAACUUUGUUUUUAUCAGCAUUGUGCCCAUCGUCCUAUAUUUUACCCGAGUUGAGUACAUUGAAUCGGCAGGCGACAUCCCCUGGGGCUACUUCUGUGGUGUUGCAGCACUGCUUUUAGCUUUCAACAUCCUGGUCAACUUUGGCAUCGCCAUAACAUAUCCAAAGUCUAUCUCCCUUGGCAUCGUCCUAAGUGUUCCUGUCAAUGCCAUGGUGGACUUCUUCACGUGUGAGAUUAAUUUCAACACGGUGCGCCUCUUUGCCGUCUCCAUCAUCUGUUUGGGCUUUCUCAUGCUGCUCCUUCCGGAGGACUGGGACCAGUGCAUCAUCCGCCUCAGCACCAAACUACGCAAACGUGACGAGCCGGCCGAGGGCAGCGUCGAAGCAGGGGCCUCCACGGGACUCAACUGGAGGGGCCGAGCCAGGACCUCCAUGGCAACAUUUUCACACUGAGCUGGAUGGAAUGUUUAAG